CAGUUCUCCUCUACCAAGAAGUUAAAUCUUUCUCCUCCAUGAACACCUAGCUUUCUUGAGGCAACCUGCCUAUUGCUCUCUCCCUCUCUCUGUAUAUCAAACUUUGGUCUUGACGGGUUUUGUGUUUUAUCAAUGGAGAUGGAUGUUAUCAAAGGGAAUUCUGAGUGGAAUUGCAUUGAAGAUGAAUCUGCUGAGCAAUUGCUUUCUCCAGGUAUUUGUGAGGCCUACAGAGAUCCUGAGCUGCUUCCUCGCAUUGGAGAUGAGUAUCAAGUUCAAAUUCCAGCUCUUAUGACAGAAUGUGUCUACGGGUUGCUUGUAGAAAGUCCAGCUGAUGCAAUAAUCUCGUCUGCUACUUACCAUGAUUUUUUGGUUGGAUUGCCUUUAUCAUUAAUGUGGGUCAUUGAGGAAGUCGAGAGCAUUAAACAUGAACCACGAGAUUAUCCCUGUGGUUUGACUGACACUUCCGAUAUAAAUAAGUCUGUAAAACCUGAAAGCAUUAGAGAGGCAAAUAUUGUUCCAGAAGUUGACUUGAAAGCUAAGGUUGAGCUUAUGGAUGUUACUGUGAAUGAUGGCAUAGAAGUAGGAGAAUCUGCGAAGUUAUGUCUUCAGCCAGAAAUAAGUAAUGAAAUGCUUUGUGAACUCGGUGGCAAAGAUUACUGCUUGGUUCCUGGUUCUGUGGGCAACCCUUGGAGUGAUUCAGAGGAGGACAGUUUUCUUCUUGGUUUAUAUAUUUUUGGAAAAAAUCUUGUUCAAGUGAAGAACUUUGUUGAGAGCAAGACGAUGGGUGACAUACUCUCAUUUUAUUACGGGAAAUUUUAUAGGUCUGACAGAUACCAUAAAUGGUCAGAAUGCCGUAAAAUAAGAAACAGAAAAUGUGUUUAUGGGCAAAGGAUUUUUACAGGAUCAAGGCAACAUGAAAUGUUAUCUCGUUUGCUUCCACAAUUGUCAGAGGAAUGCAAAAAUAUUUUGCUUCAGGCUGCUAAGGCAUUUGGUGAGGGAAAAAUGUUGCUGGAAGAAUAUGUGUUCACUUUAAAGGUGAUGGUCGGAUUGCAUGCCCUAGUAGAAGCUGUGGGAAUUGGUAAAGGGAAGCAAGACCUCACAGGCAUUACCACGGAGCCUCUGAAGUCCAAUCAAGUUGCUCCUGUCCGUCCAGAAAUACCAAUUGGAAAAGCAUGUUCGACCCUUACACCUGUUGAAAUUAUCAACUACCUAACUGGUGGCUACCGCUUAAGCAAAGCCCGUUCAAAUGAUCUGUUCUGGGAAGCUGUUUGGCCUCUUUUACUUGCAAGAGGUUGGCAUUCUGAGCAGCCUAAUGAUCAUGGUUUUGCUGCUGCCUCCAGGCAUUCUCUGGUCUUUCUGAUCCCUGGCAUCGAGAAGUUUUCAAGAAGGAAACUAGUGAAAGGAGACCACUAUUUUGAUUCUGUCAGUGAUGUCCUGAAUAAAGUUGCUUCGGAUCCAACGCUUCUUGACCUUGACAUUGGAGAAGAUAAGGGUGAUGGUAGCAAGGAAGGAACCACAUGGAGCAAUAAGACAAAUUUGAACCAGGGAAAUUUUCCUGGUCAACAACGCCAUUGUUACCUCAAACCUAGAACUCCAAGCCGCACUUCAAAUGCCAUGAUGUUUACCGUUGUUGAUACAAGUCUUGCCACUGGGGAAUCAAAAAGGGUGAGGGAACUGAGGAGUUUACCCGUUGGACUGAUGAGCAUAUGCACCUCCAGAAGUGAUUCUGAAGAUAGUGAAUCUGAUUCUUUGAAGGUGCCAGCUGGUGAACCUGAUUCUUCUGAGAACCUGUGUUCUGAUAUGAAUGGGACUACCAUGACAAUAUCCACAAAGAAUGAUUUGGACAAGGGAGUAUUUUCUGACAGGGAAGAUGUUGAAGAUAAUGCUUUAAAGCAGAGUUUCCGUAUAAAUGGUUCAGGUUUUGCCAAGGUUCCUGAAAAAAUUCCCGAGUACCAGAAAGCUGAUAAGUGUGAUAGUAUGCAGACAAGAAAGCGUAUCAAGCGUCAAGCAACCCAGAGAGGCAUACUUUGUGACAGAAAACUUUUGGAUCCAGUGGCAAAACGUCAACAGAGAUUAAUUGCUUGUGACCACACAAAGACAAGCUGUGGCACAAUUGAUAGACAUGGAUCAAAACAAGAUGAGCCUGGUUGUGCCGGAGAAGGUGAUAUCAGAGAGGAUUUUCUCUUUCGAGUGGAUCCACCCAUGGAGAGGUUAUCAGCUACAAUUUCUUCUAGAGGCAGUCCAAAUAUUAGUAAUGAAAGCACUCUCAGCAGUAAUUCUUCUGGUGAUGACCAUCCUCAUGAGAAACUUCAAACUCGGGCAUUGAUAGACCUUAACAUGCCUGUACCUCAUGAUGCCGAAACGGAACCUUUAAUGAUGGGAGUGACAGAGGUAAAAGAUGAUAAAGCAAGCAGGCAAACAAAGGAUUUUGGGAUGCUAAAAAUCUCCACAUCAGCAUGUGAUUCUACUCCUCAGCAGUCACCUAAUAUGAACUUGCGAAGACACAGCACAAGAAACCGACCGCUGACCACUAAAGCUUUAGAGGCUCUCGCUUGUGGCUUUUUAAGCAUAAAGCAGAAGCGGAAGAGUAGAGAUGUUUUUUCUUUAGAUAACCAGAUGUCGAGGCCUUCACGAUGUGCUCGUAGUAAGAUGAGAAUCACUGAAAACUUCCAGGCUGAUAUGACAGAUUUUGAAGGAGAUGAAAGAAGAAAUGGUGGUUGCAAGAGUAAUGGUGGCAUGGUUAGUGAGGUUCAGAUUUAAAUCAUGGGUAGUGUUGCAACCUUGGGCUUCAAGAUUCUUUUGGUGCUGAUUUGCCAAUUUGUAGCAUAGGAAUGAGACCUUAAGACUCUGGAAGACUCAGCUCUUCUCAGGUGCUGAAGUACCCAAGACUUAAAUGGAGCGCUCCUUUUUCUUGCUUCAAACUACAACAUGCAUGGCUUCAUGCUAACUUCACAAUGAUCAGAAUAGAACUAUAUACUUUCCAAGACCAUGUCUACAAUGGACAGAGAACCCUGCGAAAUGUCUAGCAUCAGACAACAAGAUGGAGAAAAUGUUACUUGUUAGUCAAAAUGUUCUUUUUCAACAACAUUUGACAGUACAGAUACUUCUUGAUUCACAUCUCACCUUUGCUUGAUCGAGCCACCAAUUUCCCCUUGAUCCAAAGCUUGGAUCAAAGUCAAUUGUAGCCUUAAAAGCCCAUGCAUAUGACCGAAGCUUGACUGCUGUUUUACUUCUUGAAAAUGUUUUUUGAGUUUUAUUUCAUUAGGAAAAUAUAAAAUUAUUUGUGUCAAAUUUUACUUUACUAAAUAUAUGAAAACUUUCAAUCUUAACUUCAAUCUUUUAAGAAAUUGCUUACA